GACCUCUGAGCCGACUGUUUACUGCCAGUACUGCAAGAAAGGGAAACCUCAGGAGACAUCUGACAGAAGUCCACUCUCUACCGAGCAAACCCAUUAUCUGUGUGGACAAACACAAUGGACUAUACUUGACCCCCAAAAAUGACACAGGUGGUGUGAUCCAUCCCAUCCAGGUUGCGAAAUCCACUGUAACACAAAUAAUUGACUGAAAAUGAGGAGUGUCGCACUGCAAUGCAGUUAGCGUUUUCCCUAGGACUCCCAGGGCAAGAAUGCAGCCAUUUCCAAAGAGCCAACAAUGUACAGCCUUACGUGGCACAGGCAUGUCUGCUACCCGAGGUACUGGAGGACAUGGAAACCAAGGGCCUACUCUCUUCAGAGAGCGCAAAGCAAUGUUGUAAACUCCUUGAGGCCUCCUACAGUGCUGUAGAUGCCGUUUACAGAAUCAACUCCGGGGAAAUGGGAUAUUCCUCCAGACUUCUGUUUUUCUCAACAUUUACCAACAAAAAGGACAGUUGGUGCAGAUUCAAACGCACCAUUGUUACAUUCGACAGCACAGCAGGGCAGUGGAGCUGCAGAUGUGGAGGACAUGCCCAGAUCCAUAGCUGUGUACAUCGCAACCUGGCAAAGUGGUGGAUUUUUCAAGAGUCGCCGCAUCUCUUGGUCAAAAGAACCAAAAGUCAUAGCGACAACAUCGAUGACUUGGACACACACAUGGUGGAGGUUGAGACCCCUUGUGAUUCAUAUAAUGAGGAUGAGAGCAAGGUUAGGCUGAUGACAGAGUACAUUUACAGCACCAAAAGAAUACAGAGGGACCUUCCAAUAGCUCUCAAAACGAAGGAAAAAGAACCUACUACAUUUUUACCCACGGAGACACAGUGUCCAUAUUGUGAGGGCCCCACUCCACCAGACCUGCUCCCACACAAAGUCAUCAGAACAUAUGCUGUAGUGUGUGGCAUGACUUAUGUGAAAAAAGGGUUGUCUGUUGCUGUUAAGAAGUGCCCUCGAUGUCAUAACAGUGUGCGUUUUCAGGACUAUCAGUCAGGAUUCCACAAUUACAAUGACCGGCUAUUUCUCACGAUACCAUUAAGUGAAUACCUUCUUGCUGGAUUGGCUGUAAGUCCCACAUUGCACAAAAUGCAAUCGUUUUUUUCCGAACACUGCUUAUUUUAAUAAUUAAUUUUUCCAAACUUAUUUUCAUGCAUAACAAUUAAUACAGACAAUACAUCACAUUCUUUAACUGGUGUCAAUUCACAAGCAAUGGUCUAUUUGUUAGAACUAGUUGAAUAUUCAAUAUCUCGUUGCUAUUCUCCGAAAGCGUUGAUUAGUAAUUGGGGAAAUUUCUUGUUCUCGUUUUCUUGAUUUUCAGAAUAAAACUGAAAUUGGCUGCAUAUUGUCAACCAUCACUCAGUUUAAUGGCAUCCACUACCAUCAUGACACCAUGAGUAAAGCAUUCCACCACUACCUCUCCUUGUGUGAAUUUAAGUUUGAAUUCUUUUGCUAUCAGUGUGGGCACCAUCCUGCCAUCCUGAUAGCUGAUGCCAACUGGAAAUUAGCCUUUGAUCUUCCAGUUGAGACUUUCAAAAGGCCAAAUUUAGAUGAGAUUACAGAUGGAGACUUACAGAUGAAUAUCAAAACUACGUGGUGUACGCAGGAAAAAGAAAUGAUUGCUGAAGGUUUCACUGCAGGAAGCAAAACAACAAACCCAUACAAGGGUCAACAAUCCUAUUCCACGCUUGCUCCGUGGAUGGGAAAGUACACACGGGUUGGGCAUGUUUUUCCGAAGACAGACAGAGGUGAAAAAGGGAAUAAAGACAAGAAAGGAUAAUACUCAAGUCGCCUCAAAAUUCGUAGAUGAGGAUGUCAUUUUGUCUCUUAUUGAAACAAAAAAGGUAGGCCAUAUGUUU